GGACGCACCAAAAGAUACCUGAAAUGACUGCGACUAUCUUUCAACCGCACUGUCCCAAUCCUAAUGUGGGCCUAGCGAACAGUUUGCUCAGCAGCUUGAUUCAAACAAUCAUAACGGCACAAUGUGCAUUGUCUGCCAGUGAGAACUGGCCAUCGGACUAUGGUGAGGAGGCGCUAAAAAGUGGUUUAGACGACUAUGACUUUCUUGUGGUUGGUGCUGGCACGGCGGGUUCGGUAGUCGCUAGUCGCCUAAGUGAGAAUCCUAAGUGGAAAGUGUUAGUUUUGGAAGCAGGUGGUGAUCCUCCGCAAGAAUCUGAGGUACCCAGUUUUUAUCCCUACACGCUGUUUACAAAUCACACCUGGAACUAUUACACUGAGCCGCAGACACAAACCUGCUUAGCAGCGCGGAAUCAUACGUGCUAUUGGCCGCGCGGUAAAAUGAUCGGCGGCACUGGCGGCAUAAAUGGCAUGAUUUUUCUGCGUGGCAAUCGGCGCGACUACGACAACUGGCUUGCUAAAGGCAAUGUGGGCUGGGGUUGGCGUGAUGUGCUGCCCUAUUUCAAAAAAGCCGUCACACCGGUGGGUAAUAAGACGCAUCCUAUGGGUUAUGUGACGUUGAAUGACUUCAAUUUCUUCUACGACGACAUACUUCAACUGCUCUGCAAUGGCGCCGCAGAGUUAGGCGUGCCACGUGUACAGCAAUUGGGUGACGAUGGUGCUGCCAUUGGUUGUGCGCUCGCGCCGGGCACUGUGGAGCACGGCAAACGCAUGAGCACCGGCAAGACGUAUUUGGGGCGUGUGCGACAACGCCCGAAUCUGCAUGUAAUCAAGCAAGCGCGUGCUAUAAAAAUCAAUUUCGAUGAGAGUGGACAGCGCGCGUUGUCGGUGACAUUUAUGUGGCGCGAAAGAUAUGAAAUGACAGCGAGCAUACAGCGUGAGCUUGUGCUAUCCGCUGGCACAAUUGAUUCGGCGAAAUUGCUGCUACUUUCGGGUGUGGGACCACAAUCACAUCUGGAUAGCAUGAAGAUACCGUUAGUGCACGAUCUGCCUGUUGGGAAUAAUCUGCAGGAUCAUCUAAUGACGAAUAUGUUCUUCACAUUGCACGCGCGACCCAAGCUGCAUAUUAGCACAGAGCAGAGAUUACACAAUUUAUUUGAUUACUUGCUUCAUAGUAAGGGCCCACUCUCCAGUCAUUCCACUACAGCGGUGGUGAGCUUCGUCAAUACACGCCCCAAAAGUGAUGUGCCCUAUCCAACAACGGAGUAUCACAACUUCUUCUAUCAGCAUGGCGACAUUGGCGCUAUGAAUAUUAUUACAGAUUUAGCUGUAUUGCAAUCACGCUAUGCUGAGUUCUUGCGCAGUGUUAUAGAUCAAUCGGAUGUGCUGAACACAUACAAUAUACUUACCCAUCCAAAAUCGGCUGGGCAGAUUCGUUUGAAGAGUAACAAUUACAAAGAUCCACCAAGCAUCAUACCCAAUUAUCUUGCUGACCCAGCUGACAUGGAGAGCAUGUUGCAUGGCAUACGUUACCUUGAACGCUUGGAGCGUACUAAGGCAUAUCGUGCUGUUAAUGCUACCCUCUUGCAUAUACCUAUAGAAGAAUGUGAUAAAUUGAAAUUUAGAAGUGAUGAUUAUUGGCGUUGCUACAUCAAAUACUUCGCCACAACCGUUUACCAUAUAACUGGCACUGUAAAAAUGGGUCCACCCACCGAUGCCACCACCUGUGUGAAUACUCAUUUGCGCUUGCAUGGCACUUGGAAUGUACGUGUGGCAGAUGCAAGUAUUAUGCCCGAUGUGGUCAGCGCUAAUACAAAUGCAGCAACAAUUAUGAUUGCAGAACGUGCAGCAGACUUCAUAAAGGCUGAUUGGGCUGCGUUGGAGUCGAGGGGUUAAAUGUGCCGAACGAACUCCGGCGGUUUAAAGAGAAGGGCGCUUUAAAGAGAAGAGCGGUCAGGCAAUAAAGUAGA